AUGUGUGAUAUUUUCGAUGUAGCUGAGGUAGUAGUACUCGCUGCACACAAAGACUUAGCUUCUUGCAGAGUUGGGUUCAUUGAACGGCAUGAUAAGAAAGUUGUAGUCAUAAGCAAGACGUUUUUCAUUUUUGACUGUGAUUUCGAAGUGAUCGAUUCUUACGAACAUGAUUGCAAUAUUUUGAAGGUGUGUUCGCCGGCCAAUGUUGUGUUCCUUUUCUUUCUAGAUGAGCAUGGUUUAUUAAACGUCUAUCUUCCCGAAAGACACGAACUUGCAUUCUCCUUGUUAGUUUUGAUCUUUUUCUUAGAUCCGAGGAUUCGUUGUUGUUAUGGAGAGAUAUUAACUCCGUACAGCUACAUUCAGAACUUGUAG